AUGGAGCUGGAGAAAGGUGAUAAUCAUGGCAUGAACUGUUUCUUCAGUUGUGUGCUUUUGCUUGAUGAGAAUUUGCUGUCCUUCUCUUGGGCAUUGAAGGGGUUUAGAGGCUUUAUGAAUGAGAAGGCUCCACAGACGAUUUUGACAUACCAGAAUGUGUGGUUGAAGGAAGCUAUUGCAAUCGAGAUGCCAGAGAUCAGACAUGCCUUCUGCAUCUGGGACAUUGUUGCAAAGUCCUCAGAUUGGUUAUAUGUGUUGCUGGGACAGUGUUAUGAUGAAUAG